AUGCGCAAUAUCGUUAUUUUUGGAGGCUCGUCGCAUACUGAAUUAGCUGAACAAAUAGCUUCUCGUUUAAAUGUGCAACUUGGACGUGUAAAACUUUCAAAAUUUUCAAAUAAAGAAACAAAUGUUGAGAUCCAUGAGAGUGUUAGAGAAAAGGACGUUUAUAUAAUUCAAUCUGGCUGUGGCCACGUCAAUGACAAUCUAAUGGAACUAUUGAUUAUGAUAUCGGCUUGUAAAAUUGCAUCAGCGGCAAAGGUUACUGCUGUGAUACCUUGUUUUCCAUACGCGCGACAACCCGAUGCUCCUUACAAGAAAAAUGGUGAACUUUUGCCACGCAUUCCAAAGGAUGCUUUUAUUGGUUAUACCUAUAAUACACCAGAUUCAACUCCUGCAAACGAAGUGAAAAAUCCAUUUGGAGAGCAAAGCGCUAAUGGUACUAGUUCGUCCGAAAUAUCUACUCGUAGCGCGGGCGGAUAUAAACAUUGGAUUGCUCGAUCUGGAACACUUAUAGCCAAUCUUAUAACGUGUGCAGGAGCCGACCAUAUAAUAACUAUGGACCUUCAUGAUCCUCAAUUUCAAGGGUUUUUCGAUAUACCGGUUGACAAUCUUUACGGACAACCUUUGAUGAUUAAAUAUAUUAAGGAAAACAUUCCAAAUUAUCAGAAUGCAGUAAUUGUUUCUCCGGAUGCUGGUGGUGCUAAAAGAGCAACAGCAAUUGCAGACAAACUUCAUAUGGAUUUUGCUUUGAUUCAUAAAGAACGUCGUUCUCAAAUUAAGCCUCAUAAAACUGAUAUGAUGCUUGUUGGUGAGGUUAGAGACAAAGUGUGUGUUCUAAUUGACGAUAUUGCAGAUACAUCUGAUACAAUAACCAAAGCCGCAAAGAUUCUUAGUGAAAGCGGAGCAAAAAAGAUUUGUGCCAUUAUCACUCAUGGAAUUAUGAGUGGUGAUGCUAUUCAAAGAAUUGUAACAAGUGAGAUUGAUCAAGUCAUCGUAAGCGAUAGUGUUCCACAAGUUGAUCAUUUAGCGCAAUGUUCUAAGAUGGGAGUUUUUAGUAUUGCUCCAAUGUUUGCAGAAGCAAUUAGAAGAAUACAUAACGGUGAGAGCGUCAGUGCAUUGUUCAGUCUUAUGGACUUGAUAUAA